AUGAGUGGAAGACCCUCUCUUAAUCACUCCCUGCAACCCGAGCCUCAUCCAUCUGCCCGAAAUGAUUUCGCCUUUUUCGCCGCAAGCGAAGACACAGACACUUCGCCGUCUACUCCGUCGGAAUUGGUAAAUUUCGAUACGCACAGAGAUGACACACGAGACCCCCGCAACAAAGCACGAAUUACAGAUCAAUCUGCGAAUGCCAAAGUCGCCAUUCCCCGGCUCGACCUCCCAGUUGCAAGCUCUAACGGCCGAGUCAGUCGAGCAUGUCACAACUGUCGCAAACAGAAAAAUAAGUGCUCCGGUGAGCGACCGUCUUGUCAGCGGUGUCAGGAGGCCAACGUUCCCUGUGUCUACGUCGACGGGAAGAGAGAGAGAAAUGCCAAGCACCUCACUGCUGUGACAAGUCAACUCGAACAAUAUGAAUCCCUCGUGCGCGAUAUUUAUCCCAAGGUGGACCAUGAGGUUGCUCGGUUCGUCGACCAAGCCCUUGGAAAGAUCUCAGGUCUUUCUCUGUCAUCACCGACCGCCGCCAAUGCCCCAGAUGACAACGCCUCAGACGAUGCAACUACACCAGUUUCCGUUCCUUGUAUGGAACACACACUCGAAGACUUCAAUGGGGACAUCUCAUUGCAAGCAACUGGGUUUCUGGGGGAACACUCGGCAAGGGCGUGGCUUUACAGACUCAAGCGCCUCAUAGCGUCGAAGAGCCCCAAAGCCGAUGAUCAGCCGGAUGGACCAGCGCAUCUUUCCCUUGCUUCCUGUGGUUUUUUCCUCGACGACUCCUCUAUCUCAUUGGGGAAUGGCCUGGACGUUCUCGCAUAUCCCACACAAGCCGUUGCCGAUCAACUCGUCGACAGAUAUUUCAAAGUCGCGCAUGCGACUUUUCCGCUGAUUGGCAAAGAAAUUUUUCUAAGCCAGUGUCGAUCUUUCUACUCCAAGUCAGCGACAUUGCAGCCUGGAAUCAAGUGGAUGGCACUAUUGAAUAUUGUCUUUGCGAUCGCUGCGAAACACUCCGAAGUUACAGGGGACAAGGAACGACUUGAUCACAAUAACGAUAUUGUCUAUUUCUCUCGUGCUUGGAAGCUGAGCAUGAACGACAACGCACUACUGGAGCACCCAAAUCUGCAGCAGACUCAAAUAGAAGGACUGUUCUCACUUUAUUUCCUUUCCACUGGACAGGUGAACAGGGCCUGGCGAAUGUGUGGUGUCGCGAUUCAAUCAGCCACGACAAUGGGAAUACACCUUCGCAGUGACAGCUCCAGCAUUACACAUGUUUCCAAAGAGACCAGGUACCGACUGUGGUGGGCAUUGUAUUCACUGGAUACCCUGGUCUGUGUGAUGACAGGGCGCAUGCCUAGAAUGCAACGGGAGCAUUGCACAACCCCUCUACCCGUACCCUACCCAGAGGAGAGCUUUUGGGAUGAGCAAGUUAUGGCGACCAUUCAAGACAGGCAAGCUCGAGCAAGUCUUGUGGGAUCUUUUCUCUCCUAUCCCUCCGCCGCCGCAAGUCAGCCUGAUUUAGGUCUAGGGCAUCCCGUUUCUCCUCAUCAGCGAUUGUCACCUGGUCAACGGCUGCGCCUCAAUCUUUCUCCAUGCUUGCUCUUCUCGAUCGACCUGGCAACUGUGAUGAGAGCGGCAAUCGAUAUGCUGUACACCCCCGAAGCGGCGAAAAGAUCAGGGACGGAGAUCGAGCAGGCAAUGAUUUCUCUCAACAAUACAGCCGACAAUUGGUAUUCCCGACUCCCUACAGCAUACCAUUUCACGGACACUACUUCCGACCUUGCCAUCGCCCGCCAACGCACAAGUCUGGCCUUCCAGUAUUACUCAACCAAACUUGUCAUUUCUCAACCUGCUCUCCGAUUCCAUACACUAGAUGAAAUCUCUCCCCAUUCUGUUCAUGGUCGAGUGGGGGCCAUCUGCUUCGGCGUAGCAGCCCAGAUGGUGGAUAUCUUGCCAAAUGAUCCUAACGUCACAUGGCUUUUGAGCUGCUCACCCUGGUGGUGUGCCCUCCAUUAUCUCACCCAAAGCACUGUUGUGCUUAUCACCCAGUUGCUCAUGUGGAAUGCCGCGUGGAGCAAGCUUAGCACGAAUCCAUUGGAUCGCAUCGAGAAAGUUCUCCGAUGGCUGAGUGAGUUGUCUACGAGGGAUGCCGCGUUCGAACGUGCUUGGCUUAUCUUCACGGAACUUUUGUCAUCCCAAGGAUUCAAUGUUGGCUUAAGAUAA